AUGGCUAGUUAUGGAGGUAUUGUUAGGAUAAACAAGGCUAGUUAUGGAGGAAAUCUUUCCCUUAACAAAUCAACAACACAAAGCAGCAAUUAUAGUGUAGACGAAAAUUCUCCAAUUGUACACACAUCUGGGAAUGCUGUGGAUGGCAAAACGAGUCAACAGUUGGACCAGAAGUCAUGUGUACAUCAGGCUGAGGGACAAACUGAAGUAUGGUGGAGAGUAGACCUACAGAAAGAAGUCACGAUAGAAAACGUCGAGAUAUAUUAUAGGGAAGAAAAUAGUUGGACUGUAUGGAAAGAUCGAUUUGCUGGAUACGAGGUGUAUCUUUCAAACACAACCGCGAGACGUCGUGAAGAUCGCUGUUUCAUCGAUGAAUCACAGAGUGUCAACGAAAUCGAAAGUCAUGUCAACCACAGUGAAUGUAAUGGUACAGCACAGUACGUGACGAUAUACAACCACAGGGAAUCACCUAAACGACAAUCGUGGUAUAGUAAUGACGCCCUUCUGGAACUGUGUGAAGUAAAGGUGUAUGGUAAAUAG